AUGAGGUUGUCUAUAGUAAGUGAACCAGGAUACCAUUCUAUGGUUGAUAACAUACCGAUGUAUUAACAAGAUUUGACACUGGCAAACAGUAGCUCUAUCACGAAUUGAAUAAAAUGGUAUAUGAUAUGUUCCAUGCUUGCCUAUUCAAGCCGCUGGCGAGUGGAUUUACUGCAAACUAUCGUAUAUAUAAACGGCCGAAAUCGAUCCAUCUGGAGCCGUGGUGAUGACGUGUUAUGGAAAACCGAUCAAACGGUUACCUAGUUCUCUCCCUUGUUUCAGCAUCCCAGCUACUGCACGCCUGGUACAACUUUAUGAACUGUGGAUCUAUUUUAAGGAACUUUGCUAUUAGUAAGCUAUAGUGACGGAGCAACACGCACAGGCGACUUCAUCAUCAUUUAAAAUUCUUAAAUGUGACGUACUUCUUGAGGAAGAAAUGGAUUUGAUGACCAACUAUCGUUUGCUGUGGUUUUUGGCUCAACUCUAUCUGACCGUUGAGGUUUUGGCAACGGAAACACGCAACAAGCGAUCUAGUAAUAAAAAGACUGAGAUCGUACACCAGAUUUCGUCCUCCCAGAAUUAUGUGUAUAGACCACACUACAACAUCAAAGAUAAACCAGUCGUUAUUGAGUGCGACCUUCAUGUCAACAGCAUCGACUCUGUCACGGAGGUGGAGAUGGAAUUCACGAUUGAGGUGAUAUUACAUCUGACAUGGAGAGACCCACGCGUAAUGAAAACGUUUCAAAACCAAACCGUCGAAUCUAUAGAACUGGAUGCGAGGAAGAUGGAAAACUUUUGGGUACCGGAUAUUUUCUUUCCCAACGAAAAACGAGCAGCAUUCCACAAUGUGAUGUCUGCGAAUAAAAUGAUACGAAUUCACAAGAACUCCAUUGUCCACUACACCACCAGGUUGUCACUGACGCUGAGUUGUCCAAUGAACCUCCGCAAAUAUCCAUUUGACCAGCAAACGUGUUCCGUUAAAAUUGAGAGCUUCGGGUUCACGAAGAGUCAAAUGCGGCUAAAAUGGUCGAAUAAUUCCAGUCCGCUGCUAGUAAAGAAAGGGAUGGAGCUGCCACAGUUCCAGCUGGUCGGCAACCGUUACUACGAUCUGGAGACAUUCAGCAAGAUCCGAGGAAACUACAGUUCUCUAAGAGCAGACUUCUUCAUGGUUAGAAACAUAAACUAUUACGUCAUACAGAUGUAUAUCCCAAGCCUUCUGAUCGUGAUGCUGUCAUGGGUCUCGUUCUGGCUUAACGUGAACUCCGUACCUGGACGUGUCAAUCUUGGAGUGCUGUCAGUCCUGACAAUCUCUACCCAGAGUUCCAGUGUAAACCGCACUCUCCCUCGGGUAUCCUACACCAAGGCUAUAGAUAUCUGGAUGGCCGCCUGUCUUGUAUUUGUUGUGGCCGCUUUGGUAGAGUUCGCCAUUGCAAACGUUCUUAGCCGGAGGGGAUCGGGAAAGGGAAUGCUGUUUAUUAAAAAGAUUAUUAAAUUGGCCCGGGAUAAAAACAGAAGCACUGAAAAUUCUAAAGGAGGAACUAAUCCUGAAGGAUCAGGGGUCCGACAUCGAGAAAAUCGCAAGGAAAAAGAUACGGUUGUCGGUGUCGAUGGUUCUGUACAAGUCUCUAACUGCCAACAUUUAACGAUCGAAGACGACGACACUGUAAAACGGAAGUCGCCAGAGAGGACAGGGGUCAUGUAUGCGUUUUACCUGGAUGUGGCGUCCCGUAUAAUGUUUCCACUGGCGUUUGGAAUCUUCAACAUGUUCUACUGGAUCUAUUACCUAAAUGUCAUGAACGAGUUUGAGAAUUAAUUUUGAUUGGACACUUUGCUUUUUAUUUUCAAUGGUAAAAGUUUAGGUAAGACAUCUAAGAUGUAAUUGUUUGUGAACUGUUGUAAUGGAGAAGAUGUAAUUUGUCAUCACAUCAUUCAAACUUAAUGUUAGCAGGUCACAGUCGGCCAUAGGUAAAAGUAGGAAAUGUUUUAUGUGUCAUUUCUCAUUUAAAAUAUAUAAAAAAGAUAAAGCAAAAUGAUUUUUUCUGUAUAACUUUAUUUUUACUAUAUUGAUGAUAGAUAUGUGUAUUACUUUAACAGUGGAACUGUUUAAAUAAAAAUAUGACGUAGUAACACAAAUGACGAAGGAAGAUGAUUUUUAUGAGUCGUGCACUGACCUGACCUCGAACUCACGAUCUACUACACCCAAUCACCUAGUCAGAAAUACCGCUGCGCCACAUCAACGUUUUUUUUUUGUUUUUGUUUUUAAGAACGAUGCAAUAACGCAGGCAUGGUCGGCCAAAUAC